AUGAGUAUAAUUUGUACAAAGUUGUUUGAUCAAUUUAAUCAACUAUACUCUUCUUUUAAUCCAUCAUACUUCAUCAUUGGUGUGACAGCAUUCAACUAAGGAAUUCAACAUUUAUCAGAUUUAGCUGUAAAUUACAUGUUAAAAGAUGAAUAUGGACUUUCACCAGCUAUGAUGGGAUUUUAUUUAAGCUAUACGACACUCCCUUGGAUGAUUAAACCAUUUUGGGGAAUUAUUACAGACUCAAAACCAUUACUAGGUUAUAGAAGAAAAUCUUAUAUUAUUUUAUUUGGAGUAUUGGAUGCAUUAGGUUGGAUUAUGAUGUCUAAAAAUAAAGAUGGUAGUUUAUUAAGUGUAUUGCUACUACUAUUUUUAAUUUAAUUAUCAAUUUGCUUUGUUAAUGUAGUUGGAGAGGCUAUUUUAGUAGAGGUAGCAGCAUAGGCAUAAAGAGAAUAACGAUAAGAGAAUUUUUAACAUGGAGCAUCAAGAAAUGUAUCGAUAUUCUUUGGAGUUAGAGCUGUUGGUUCUUUAUUAAGUGCAUAUUCAUCUGGAGCACUUUUACAUUACUUUACUUACUAACAAAGUAUAAUAAAAUUUGAAUAAUAGUAUUUUUGAUAACAUCAAUUUUUCCUACUAUUCUAGUUUUUGUUUCAUUAUUUUAUUAAGAAUAAAGAAUAGAUAUACAAUAAUUAGAUGAAAAUGAUAGAAAAAAUAAUACUGUGUAAUGUUUGAAAGAUUUUUGGUAAUUUUUUAAAAAUCCAUUAAUUUACAAACCAGUUAUCUUAAUAUUUGCUUUUAUGAUGGCUCCAUCAAGUUCAACAAUAAUGUUUUUCUUUUAUACUGAAGUACUUGGAUUUGAUCCAAAGUUUUUGGGAUAGUUAAAAUUUAUGGUAUAAAGAGUUUAUUAUUGUUAAGUAUGCUGUAGCUUCAAUAUCUGGAGUUUUAAUAUAUAAUAAUUAUUUGAGAGAUGUUUCCUUUAGAAAGAUAUUUUUAGUUACGACAUUUUUAUAUUAUUUAUGUUAUUAGUCAAUAAUAAUUUUGGUGACUAGAAAAAAUGUUGAAUGGGGAAUCAACGAUAAAAUAUUUUGCAUAGGAGAUUAAGUAAUGUUGUAAUUUGUUGGAGAAUUAAAUAUUAUGCCAAUUUUAGUAUUAGCUUGUAGAAUGUGUCCAAAACAUAUUGAAGCUACUAUGUAUGCAAUGUUGAUGAGUACUAUUAAUUUUGGUAUAAUUUAAGUUCUAUAAACUAAUAGGUUCCAUGUUAGGAAGUUGGUUAGGAGCUCUUUUUUUGAUUUGGAUGAAAAUUGAUUAAACAGAUUAUUCUAGAUUAUGGUUAUUUAUAGCAAUUACUGGUGUUUUUAUUUUAUUACCAUUACCUUGGUUAUAUGUAGUGAGGGAAGAUGAAAUUCUAAAAUAAAGAGAAAAGAAAAUAGAAGAGAAUAAAAAAGAAGUGUAAAGUUCUACACCUAGUACUAGCAAACGUGACGAAGUAGAAGAAAAGGUUCCAUUAUUGUAAAGUGAGAAUANAUUUGGAGUAUUGGAUGCAUUAGGUUGGAUUAUGAUGUCUAAAAAUAAAGAUGGUAGUUUAUUAAGUGUAUUGCUACUACUAUUUUUAAUUUAAUUAUCAAUUUGCUUUGUUAAUGUAGUUGGAGAGGCUAUUUUAGUAGAGGUAGCAGCAUAGGCAUAAAGAGAAUAACGAUAAGAGAAUUUUUAACAUGGAGCAUCAAGAAAUGUAUCGAUAUUCUUUGGAGUUAGAGCUGUUGGUUCUUUAUUAAGUGCAUAUUCAUCUGGAGCACUUUUACAUUACUUUACUUACUAACAAAGUAUAAUAAAAUUUGAAUAAUAGUAUUUUUGAUAACAUCAAUUUUUCCUACUAUUCUAGUUUUUGUUUCAUUAUUUUAUUAAGAAUAAAGAAUAGAUAUACAAUAAUUAGAUGAAAAUGAUAGAAAAAAUAAUACUGUGUAAUGUUUGAAAGAUUUUUGGUAAUUUUUUAAAAAUCCAUUAAUUUACAAACCAGUUAUCUUAAUAUUUGCUUUUAUGAUGGCUCCAUCAAGUUCAACAAUAAUGUUUUUCUUUUAUACUGAAGUACUUGGAUUUGAUCCAAAGUUUUUGGGAUAGUUAAAAUUUAUGGUAUAAAGAGUUUAUUAUUGUUAAGUAUGCUGUAGCUUCAAUAUCUGGAGUUUUAAUAUAUAAUAAUUAUUUGAGAGAUGUUUCCUUUAGAAAGAUAUUUUUAGUUACGACAUUUUUAUAUUAUUUAUGUUAUUAGUCAAUAAUAAUUUUGGUGACUAGAAAAAAUGUUGAAUGGGGAAUCAACGAUAAAAUAUUUUGCAUAGGAGAUUAAGUAAUGUUGUAAUUUGUUGGAGAAUUAAAUAUUAUGCCAAUUUUAGUAUUAGCUUGUAGAAUGUGUCCAAAACAUAUUGAAGCUACUAUGUAUGCAAUGUUGAUGAGUACUAUUAAUUUUGGUAUAAUUUAAGUUCUAUAAACUAAUAGGUUCCAUGUUAGGAAGUUGGUUAGGAGCUCUUUUUUUGAUUUGGAUGAAAAUUGAUUAAACAGAUUAUUCUAGAUUAUGGUUAUUUAUAGCAAUUACUGGUGUUUUUAUUUUAUUACCAUUACCUUGGUUAUAUGUAGUGAGGGAAGAUGAAAUUCUAAAAUAAAGAGAAAAGAAAAUAGAAGAGAAUAAAAAAGAAGUGUAAAGUUCUACACCUAGUACUAGCAAACGUGACGAAGUAGAAGAAAAGGUUCCAUUAUUGUAAAGUGAGAAUAACCAGAAUUAAUGAUCA